AUGGAAAAAGACUUGUCGUCUCUUUACUCUCAGAAGGACAAUAGAGAGGACGAUGAAGCUUCAUUCAAUAUCAAACUAUUAGAGUCAGUUGUGAAAAGUACGUCGCAAAACGGCCAUUCUCCGUUGGAUGAUAAUAAAUCGCUCUCAGAAUGGAUAGAUAAUGUAUUCACUCAAUCAGUGAUUUAUUACGGUUCAGACAACCUAAUAUGGGGGGCAUUCUUUGUCUGUGUGUACAAAUUGCCUAGCAGUAAUAAGUUAAACGUUAUAAUAUUCGACAAACUGGGUACGUCAUGUUUUGAAUCGGUGGAUAUCUCUUCCAGUUCGCAAUACUAUCCAGCCAUUGAAAAUCUCAAUCCAAGUGAUCAGGAAAGUAAUGUGAAGAAAUGCAUUGCUGUUGUUCUGCUGCAACGCUACCCAUUGCUAUCACAAUCAGACCUAUCACGAAUCUUGACCAACACAUCGGAAAAUUGCGACUAUGACCCUCCUUAUGCUGGAGACCUGGCUAGCAGUUGCCAACUAAUAACUACAGUCCCUCCAGAAGAACUAGGGAGGCGCUUCUUUAAAUCAGGACUUCUACACGAUAAAGGAAUCAGUUCCGCCCUACUGGAUGUCAUUUACGAAAACAACGAAUCCACGAUUGAACUGAAUAAUAGGCUGGUGUUCCAUCUUGGUGAACAACUUGAACAGCUUUUUAAUCCAGUGACAGAAUACUCACCAGAACAAACGGAAUAUGGUUAUAAGGCCCCAGAUGAUGAGAAGCCUACUGAAUUGGAUGAUGUUCUUGUAAAAGCCAUUUGCAACGAGCUGCUACAAUUGCAAACAAAUUUUACUUUCAACUUGGUGGAAUUUUUGCAAAAAUUUCUGAUUUCUUUGAGAGUGAGGGUACUUAAUGAAGAAGUUGAGGGAUUAUCUACGACGAAAUUAAACCGACUUUUCCCUCCCACUAUAGAUGAAGUCACAAGAAUCAAUUGUAUAUUCUUGGACUCUUUAAAAACAGCAACCCCAUAUGGAUCCCUCGAGGUGCUCAAGGCAUGCAGUAUUACGAUUCCUUAUUUUUAUAAAGCAUAUACAAGGCAUGAAGCAGCCACCAAGAAUUUUAGCAAAGAUAUCAAGUUGUUCAUUAGACAUUUCCACAGUGCGAUUCCUGAAAGAGAGGUUUACACAGAAAUGAAAAUCGAAAGCAUAAUCAAGGGACCCCAAGAGAAACUAUUGAAAUUAAAGCUAAUUAUAGAGAGGUUGUGGAAAUCAAAAAAAUGGAAGCCGGAAAAUCAGCAAGUGGCCAAGAAAUGUUACGACAAUAUCAUUGAUGUCAUCGAUUCGUUCGGAAGAUUAGACUCUCCUCUCCAUUCUUAUAAUACAAGAGUAUUCACCCCAUCAGGGAAAAUUCUCACAGAGUUGGCCAAAUGUUGGCCUGUAGAGUUACAAUACAAAUGGCUAAAAAGAAGAGUGGUCGGUGUUUAUGAUGUAGUGGAUUUAAACGACGAAAGUAAGAGAAACCUAUUGGUAAUAUUUAGUGACUAUGUCGUUUUCAUCAAUAUACUAGAGGCAGAAAGUUAUUACACUUCGGAUGGAUCAAACAGACCAUUAAUCUCGGAUAUAUUGAUGAAUUCAUUAAUCAAUGAAGUCCCUUUGCCCUCAAAGAUCCCUAAGUUGAAAGUAGAAUGUCAUUGCUAUAUAGCUGAGGUUCUGGUUUCCAUAUUGGAUAAAAGCUGCUUGCGUUUUGAUUGCUUGAAAGGAAAAGAUUCUUUUUCAAUAAUAUGCAAAUUAUCUUCUACUUUUAUCUCGUCUUCUUCGGUAGCUGACUUGAUUACAAAGGCUAGAAUCUUGGAAAAAGACACUGCUUUUCACCUUUUCAAAGCCAAGAGAAGUCAUUUUACAUUGUAUUCUACUGCACACGAACUCUGCGCUUACGAUGCAGAAAAAAUAAAAUCAAAAUUUGCCCUUUUUCUGAAUAUACCACCAUCGGAAGAGAUACUAGAAGUUAACAAUCUUCAUUUGGCUUUGUUUGCAAGAUUUUGUAAAAAUGACGAUAACGAUAACCGCGUGAGCUUGGACAUAUUAACUAAACAGGAGAGUAAACAUAUUGAAAUCACAUCCGAUAACUUUGUUUUCACCAUAAUUAAUCAGUUGGCAAUCGAGAUACCCAUAUGCUAUUCUUCUUUGAAGUCAUCCAUGGCCAAUGAUUUACUUUGUGUAAAUGAGAAUCUCAUAAAGGAUCUAGAACAGCAAUUAAAAGAUAUCAAGUGCGGUUCGACAAACGGAUAUAAGGUUAUUGAUAACAAAGUUACCACUUUAUCUAAUUUCGAUGCUACUCACGAGAAGAAAAGAUCAUACGGCACCAUAACAACAUUCAGAAGCUAUACAAGCGACUUGAAGGACAGUUCAUCAGGCAAUAAUGAUAAUGGUAAAGUUACAAAGGUAACUAAUGAAUUUUCACCAGAGAAACCAGUAAAUAAACCUGUAAAGAAACAUGCAAAGAAACCUGCAAGGAAACAAAGGGAGAUUCCAAAGAAGGUCAAAAUAGAUGUAGUUAAAGCAGACCGUUUAGAGAGGGAAACAGCCAAGAAAAGCAAAGGAUUUUUUGGUGUAUUGAAGAAUGUUUUUGGAAGUAAAAGCAAGAGUAAGCCUUUACCAGUUCAAGAAAAGCCAAAAAAAAUGACACAGGGGCACCCUAAGUCACCAAUGAAAAAGAUGGUAGAGAAGAAGUCUUCCUCUGGAACGGGAACCGUUUCAUCUCUUAAUAAGAAGAAGAGAAGUACUUAUCAUCCGACAAAAGAAUCCCAUAGUGUUAAAUCUUCUCUCGAAGCUACUGAGUCCAAAUCACAUGAUUUAGUUGAGGAAACGCCUGAUGUUAAGAAAGAUAUACAUUUUCAAGAGAAUACUAGAAUAUCUUCAGUAGUACGGGACACAAAAUUUGCCCAUUAUACUCCAUCUCAACUUGUGGCUGAAAUUAGAGGGAACGAAAAAGGUGCGGCGCCAAAAGCGGAUCAAAGUACAAACCAAGACAACCCUUCUAAUUACACAGUCGUGGGUGUAUCACCAUCUUCACAUUCUAAAAAGUCGAAUGAUGAAACAGAAGAUGAAAAAAUUGAAAAGGUGAGCCAAUCGUUACAGGUUUCUGGAAAAGAGGUACUGCCAGACCUUGCCCAGACACACACGGAAAAUAAAGACAGUACAUUAUUAAGUGGAGAACAAAACAUUGGAACUCAAAAUGAAGCUCUACAUGACAAAGAUGUCAUGAACUCAGAUAAUAAAGACGAAUGUAAACAGAAUGAAAGUAGGGUGUUUAAUGAUGAUCUCUUCGGUGACUUUCUUCCUAAACGUUCCAGUGGUGAGCAAGAUAACACUAAGGACUCGAACAGCUCGUCCCAAAAGAAGGGAGUUCUCGAAGAAAAAGACGAAGUUAAUUUAAAGUCAAAUAGCUCAUCUAGAACUGAUGAUAGUACAUUUAUACUGACGCAAAGCCCCUCGACACAACUGAGUAAAGGACUGACAAAAAACUUCAGUGAUUCAAAAGGUUCAAAGAAUGAAGCAAAUGAGGUAGUAUUAAAAGAUCAUAAAGGUGGAUCAACAACGGACCAAGAAACAAUGAAAGAAAAUAAUAUAGUAGAAGAAAGAGCAGGACAUCAAGGAAUAUUUCCCAUUGUUCCUAGUUUAGUGCCUCCGACUUCAAAGAUCAACUUUCAAAGAUCACCAUCUUAUAUUGAACUUUUCCAAGGUAUGAGAGUGGUUUUAGAUAAACAUGAUGCCCAUUAUAACUGGAAGCGCUUGGCUAGCCAAGUCUCCUUAAGCGAUGAGCUGAAAGUUAAUACUGAGGAAAAUAUGGCAAUCUCAAGUAAACCUCACUACGAGAUCAACGUAGAAAAAAUGACCCAAAUUUCUGAGGCAGUUGAUCAUAAGAUACAGCAACCUACCCCGACACAUUCACUGACAAAGAAUUCAGACUGUUCGAAUAAUGAAAAUGGUGAUAAUCAAUUCUUUGAGAUUGAGGAGGAACUAAAAAAGGAGUUAAAGGGUGGUAUUAGUAACAGAGAAGACGUUGAUAGUAAUAGUCUAUCAAACUCUGUCCCAAUGAUAGAGAAGCCUCCGACAUUCAAAGUAAUCAGGACAUCGCCUGUGAGGAUUGUUGGGAAGACGUUUGAAGAAAUUACAAAGGAUGUAAACGCUUCUCCGUCAGAUGUUUCGUUUACUUAUGACACACUUCAUGAGAAUAAACCUGACAAAAGGCUGAUGGAACUCAAAUUUCCAUCUCAAGAUGAAAUUCCGGAUGAAAAAUUCUAUACUCCAGCGGAGGAACACACAGCUGCGUUUCCUCUCAAUGAACUUCCAAAUAUCUCGCAAAAUCUUAAUGUUACUUCUGUUAAUAACAAGGGUACAGAUAAUAAUUUUAGUAAUAAUACCGAACAAAUGCCACCUGAACUGUUGGACGAUUUAGAAUUCAGUUCAUUCAAUAUAGCUUUUGGAAAUUCUUCGAUGAGUGCGGACAAUUUCAAAGCGAGCACUGAUUUGAGUUCGAAUAGUACUGUAAAAGGAAACGCUGAGAACGUCCAAGAGUCCCCUAGUGGACCAUUAAUCUACGUUUUACCCCAGAGUAACACAAAAAGUGAAAAGGAGGGGUUCUUUAAAAAGAAGGAAAAUGAUGACCCUAUUUGGGUUUCACCUAGCAAAAUUGAUUUUGUGGAUCUAAGUAGACGAACCAAAACACUGUCACCAGAAGACAACAAUGCUCCCGCAAAAAGCAAUGAUGGUAGAAAAUACGAGGGUGCUGGGGAGCAAUCCAUCGGUAAUAUGACGAAUAUUCUGUUAUCUAAGGAUGCAUCAUAUGCUUAUUUGACGGAUUUUGUUGCAUUGAGUGAUAAUGAAGAUGAAAAUGGGAAUGAGAGUUAUGUGGCUAACGGUCCAGAAAGACUAAGAUUCUAUUAA